CGGCGGCGCGAGAGGGAGGAGCCGGCCCCGCCUCUGGACGGCGCUUCCGUCGCCGGCGCAGGGCGCGUGGGGCCGUCGCCAUGAAGCCGAGAAAAAACACAAAGCGUGUCCCAAGCUUUCGCAAGUUACUGAGAACUAGUAAAAUAAAACUUGACAACAAAUUAAAGAAUAAACAGUACAAGCAGCAGAGUGCUGCUAAGAAGUAUCGGAAAGAACAAAAGAAGCUAAGGCAGGCUGUCAGAGAUGCUGUCUGUAAAAAGCCUUUUCCACUGGAGGAUUACAAGAAGAAACACGUUGCUGAAAAACGGGAGGAAGAAGAGGAAGAUGAAGCACUUCCAUUGGACAUGAUGGAUGAAGAUGACUUGAAAUUAAUGGAAGAUUUGGCUCGAAAAGCAUCAUUUCUAACCAGAGAUAUUUCUUCUAAUGAACCUGUUCACAUCAAGAAACGAAAACGUGACAGUGUAAUUGAAAAAUACGAGAAGGUACCAAGACGCAUAAACACUGAACCAGAAAAAGAGCUCAUCCAUCUGCUCCCUAUCAAAGACAAGGGUGGCAUUAUUCCUCAAACCAUAGAAAAGCCAGUUCCUGAUGUUGCAGAGGAUGAAGAGGAAGAUACAGAAGAAAUGGAGGUAGCAGAAGACUUUAAUGAAGAACCCCCACCUGUUCUCACUCCUGAGGAAAUGGCUGCCCAAAGGAAAAUAAAGCUGCAAGAAAGGAAGAUGCACAUUGCUGCCUUAGCGUCUGCCAUUCUCUCUGACCCAGAAAACAACAUUAAAAAGUUGAAGGAGUUGCGUGCCAUGCUGAUGGAACAGGAUCCUAAUGUUGCUGUGAUUGUUCGAAAGUUGGUCAUGGUUUCUCUGAUGGAAGUAUUCAAAGAUAUCGCUCCUUCUUACAAAAUUCGGCCUCUUACUGAAGCAGAAAAGGCUACCAAGGUUAAAAAAGAAACUCAGAAACUGAGAGAAUUUGAAGAAGGCCUUGUGAGCCAGUAUAAAUUCUACUUGGAAAAUCUGGAACAAACAAUUAAAGAUUGGAAACAGAGGAAGUUGAAGAAAAGCAAUGUCGUCUCAUUAAAAGCAUAUAAAGGCCUAGCAGAGAUUGCAGUGAAGUGUCUGUGCGAGCUGCUUGUGGCCCUACCCCACUUCAACUUCCACAAUAACAUUAUUGUUCUCAUUGUUCCUCUCAUGAAUGAUACAUCAAAAACAAUCUCUGAACUGUGCUGUGAGGCAGUUAAGAAGCUCUUUAAGCAAGACAAGUUGGGCUUUGCUUCCCUUGGUGUAGUUAAGGUCAUUUCUGGCCUUGUGAAGGGCAGAAAUUACAACGUCAGACCUGAGGUGUUAAAAGUUUUUCUUCACUUAAGAAUUAAGGAAGUAGAAUUAAAAAAAGAUGCGGAAGACAUUGCACCAAAGAAAAAGUUCAUGACUUUCAAAGAGAAAAGAAAAAAUCUUUCAAGAAUGCAAAGAAAGUGGAAGAAAGCAGAAGAGAAGCUAGAAAGAGAACUCCUGGAAGCGGAAGCUUCGGAAAGUAAAGAAAAAAAACUGAAGCUGCACACAGAGACCUUGAAUAUUGUAUUCUUAACGUACUUCAGAAUCUUGAAGAGAGCUCAGAAGUCUCCGCUUUUGCCGGCUGUGCUGGAAGGUCUCGCAAAGUUUGCCCACCUCAUAAAUGUGGAAUUCUUUGAUGACCUGUUGAUUGUUCUUCAUUCUCUCAUCGCUUCUGAUGACUUAAGCUAUCGGGAGAGUCUUCACUGCAUUCUCAGUGCUUUUCAAAUACUCUCUGGACAAGGUGAUGUUCUUAAUAUUGAUCCAAUGAAAUUUUACACACAUCUUUACAAGACACUGUUCAGCCUACAUGCAGGCGGUACCAAUGAUGACAUAGAGAUUGUGCUGCAGUGCCUGGAUGUCAUGCUUGCCAAGCGGAGAAAGCAAGUUUCCCAGCAGCGAGCUCUUGCUUUCAUGAAGAGGCUUUCCACUCUUGCUCUUCAUGUUCUUCCACACUCCAGCAUUGGGAUCUUGGCAACAAACAGGAUAUUAAUGCAGACAUUCCCAAAGAUGGAUCUCUUACUAGACAACGAAUCUCAAGGCAGUGGAGUUUAUCUCCCAGAACUAGAUGAACCAGAACACUGCAAUGCCCAGAACACAGCUCUGUGGGAGCUGCAUUUACUGCAGAGACACUAUCAUCCAACAGUGCAGAAAUUUGCAGCUCACCUUGCUGUUGGAGCGCCAGCUGAGGGAUCAGGAGCUCUGUCACUUGAUUUGAGCCGAAGGCCUGCUACAGAGCUUUUUGAGGCAUUCAAUAUGAGAGGAAUGACCUUCAAUCCUCCCGUUCCGUCAGUAACACCCAGACGAAAGGACACAUUCUCUCACGUGAAUUCAUUUCUAAAUGAGGAGCUAACUGAACAGCUACAACAACAGACAAGCAAGACUGUUAGUCACAAAACCUUGGAUUUUGCUAAACACUUAAAGGAAUCAUCCUUGUCAUAAACGGACCUAUCAAUUAUGCUCAGAUGGCUUCUUAAUUAUGGACAAAGUUGAGUCGAAAGAAAUUUCCACUCGUCAUUAAAGGAAUGCAAGUAGGCUUUUGUUUGAAUAGAGGAGCAUUCAGUAAAUAGAACAGUUUUUCACACAGGUACAAGGCCAUCUAGCCCGUGUUCUCAGGGCUUGGGAUCCACAGUGUACAGUCACAUCAGUAAUGUAAAAAGAUACCAACCAAGGUCAUUUUAAAAUUGCCUGAAACCAUGUAUUAUAGUAUUUCUGAUUAUAUAACUUCCAAUUUUUUAUUAUAGAAUAUACGUAUAAGUGUUUCUGAGAAAACACUGGGUUAUGUUGAUAAAUGAAUAAAUUUUCUGGAAAUAUUAA